AUGCGUUUCUCGUUCGCCAUCUUCGCCUUCGCUGCCGGCCUCGCCCUUGUCCAGGCUGCUCCCGCCCCCGCCUCCGCCUCCGAGCCCAAGGCCGCCAAUUUGCAGCAGCGCGGUGACUGCAGCGGAGGAACGUUUAGUGGCGGUGAGCGAAUCGUUUGCCAGUACUGCAAUGUGAUUAACACAUCAAGCGGAUCCACGUAUAUUAGCUAUGAGGACCACAGGUGGAUGGUAGAUGACUGCAAUCAGCGAAACACUGGCACCUGCGCUGAUCAUGGUGCCAUGAGAUACUGCACUAAGUACAAGCCCGGCCCUUGCAACAACUGUUAA